AUGCAGCUACUCCUCGGCAGUCUCGUGCUCCUCGCAGCCGGGCGCUGUGUGCUGGCCCACGGCGACCACGGCAGCGGGUCGCAGCAGCCGAUUGUCGACGAGCACGCCACGUGGAUGCAGAAACACAUGGCCGAAGAGCACCACGCGACCGACUUCGACGCGGCGUCCUUCUUCACGCUGCACGACUUUGACGGCGACGGUAGCUGGGAGGCGCUCGAGAUCCUGCGGACGUACGGGCUGAUGGACGAGUCUAACGCGCACAUAACGGCGGAGCGGCGCGACGAGAUCGCGCGCGAGGUGCUGGCGCUGCUCGACGCCAACGGCGACGGCGUGGUCAGCCGCGACGAGUUCGUCGAGCUCGUCGACGGCCGCGGCAGGACGCUGCCCGACAUGGGAACAGGCCCGGGGCACCACGGCGAUGACGAGUACGAGUACGAGAUUCACCACUGGGAGAAACGGAAGCUCUUGGCUAAUCGUGAGACGCCGGGAACAAAAAGGUACCACGACGACAACACCAAGCUCGAGGACCUCACGCACCCCGAAGACAUUGCACACUUCAAGAAGCACGAGGAGAUGGAGGCGGAGCAGGACCGGUUAGACGACCUCAACAAGCGCGCCAUCGUCGAGGAGAACAUCCCCGCCAAGUUCCGGCGCGACUAG